UCCGAGUGUGUGUCAGUGACCCAGAGGCGGUGAGAGGCGGAGGGACCGUCGGGGGGCGCCGCCGCCGCCGCCUCCACCAGCAGCACCAGCCUUGCCGCGCGCUCGGAUUUGCGUCGAGCCCUCCGGGAGCGCACCACAAAGCGGGCCCCACGCCUCUCCCUCGGCCCGCAGCUCCUCCGCGCUCGGCUCCGCGGCCAACUUCCCCUUGCCGGGCUUGGCCGGCUGGCGAGGAAGACGAAACGCCGCGCUGUCUGCUCGCGCUCUCCACACACGCACACUUCACCCUCUCGCUCCGGGUCCCGGAGUCGUGCUGGGAUUCCGACCACCAGCAAUUGUCCGACUCCAUAUUAAUGGUCUCAUUGUGAUCAUAAGAGUAUUGUAAUCGAUCUUAGCACUCACACCUGGCGUUUAAAAUGUAGAAGAGCUCACCAGUAUGAUCUGGAAAUAAUGCAAAAGGUGUCCCAAGGCUCCUGACCAGUGAACAAAGAUUUGAGAAAGACAGCCAAGCUCAUGUUUUCUCCUGAUCAAGAAAAUCAUCCAUCCAAAGCACCAGUAAAAUAUGGUGAACUCAUUGUCUUAGGGUAUAAUGGGUCUCUCCCAAACGGCGACAGAGGAAGGAGGAAAAGUAGGUUUGCUUUGUUUAAAAGACCCAAGGCAAAUGGGGUGAAGCCCAGCACUGUGCAUAUUGCUUGUACUCCUCAGGCUGCAAAGGCAAUAAGUAACAAGGACCAGCAUAGCAUAUCAUAUACUUUAUCUCGAGCCCAAACAGUGGUGGUUGAAUAUACUCAUGACAGCAACACUGAUAUGUUUCAGAUUGGUCGGUCUACUGAAAGUCCCAUUGAUUUUGUAGUAACUGACACAGUUCCUGGAAGUCAAAGUAAUUCUGAUACGCAGUCAGUGCAAAGCACUAUAUCAAGAUUUGCCUGUAGAAUCAUAUGUGAACGGAAUCCCCCCUUUACAGCACGGAUUUAUGCUGCAGGAUUUGAUUCAUCAAAAAACAUCUUUCUUGGGGAGAAGGCUGCCAAAUGGAAGACAUCAGAUGGGCAGAUGGAUGGCUUAACCACUAAUGGCGUUCUUGUGAUGCAUCCACGUAAUGGGUUCACAGAAGACUCUAAACCUGGAAUAUGGAGAGAAAUAUCAGUCUGUGGAAAUGUAUUCAGCCUGCGUGAAACCAGAUCAGCUCAGCAGAGAGGAAAAAUGGUGGAAAUUGAAACCAAUCAGUUACAAGAUGGCUCAUUAAUUGACCUCUGUGGUGCGACAUUGCUGUGGCGUACUGCAGAAGGCCUUUCCCACACUCCUACGGUGAAGCAUUUAGAAGCUUUAAGACAGGAAAUCAAUGCAGCACGACCUCAGUGCCCUGUAGGGUUCAACACACUAGCGUUUCCUAGUAUGAAGAGGAAAGAUGUUGUCGAUGAGAAACAACCGUGGGUGUAUCUGAACUGUGGCCAUGUGCAUGGCUAUCAUAACUGGGGAAACAAAGAAGAACGUGAUGGAAAAGAUCGCGAAUGUCCUAUGUGUAGGUCUGUUGGUCCCUAUGUCCCUCUGUGGCUUGGAUGUGAAGCUGGAUUUUAUGUGGACGCCGGGCCGCCAACUCACGCGUUUAGCCCGUGUGGGCAUGUGUGUUCAGAAAAGACGACUGCCUAUUGGUCUCAGAUCCCGCUUCCACACGGUACUCAUACUUUUCACGCAGCCUGUCCAUUUUGUGCACAUCAGUUGGCUGGUGAACAAGGCUACAUCAGACUUAUUUUCCAAGGACCUCUAGACUAACAGACAGUUGUCCUCCAGGACUACAGUAUAAAUUUAUAAGCUAAGUGAGUUGGGUUUUUCAACCUGUUGUCCACAUCACGGUUUCUCUGAUCUGGUCAUUUGCAUUAAGAUGAAGAAUUUUUUAAAACGUUUAUAAUAAAUAGUAACAAUUUUUGAGCAAAAAUCUGGGAAACUCAAGCAAAGGAAUUUCUGAAAGUACCAGACUCCUGAAUUCUGAGUUUUUAAAAUCUAUUUUGAGGAGAAAAAGACAGUUUAAUCUGAUGCCUUCAUUUUAGUGUUUUUGAAUCACCCAUCCUCAGUGUUGAAAAAUUGUUUUGUAUAACUGAGGGUACUGUUGGUUCAAACUAUGUUAGUUUACAGUUUGUUGCAAACAUUGUAAAAUACAGCAACAUGUAUAUUACCUUUUUUCUAUUUAUCUUUAUUAUAGAAAAUACCUUAGAAUGUUCUUGAUAGAGUAGCAUGGUAACGAUGGUGUCACACUCUUGGUGUGAAUGGUAGUUUAGCAAGCAUAGCUCAAGCAUUUGCAAAGUUACGAAGAAGGACAAGAGAGCUUCCCUCCCUCCCUCUCCACCCACAUAUAUAUGUGGAAUUUGGUAAAUUCAAAUACUUUGUAAAACCAAAUUCAUAUUAAUUACCAUUGUAUAAGAGGUGUUUGUUUUUAACCACAUUGAAGAUAAUCAGGAAAUAUUUUUUUUUCCUCAGUUGUUUCUCUCAAGUGUAAUACUAUAACAAAAAUUUAAUGCUAAGAAACAUUUUAUAUGCUCCUUUGAAUAUGCAAUUUAUCUAGAUUAUCUAUUUUUCUCCCAUGAUAACUAAUCUGUUUUUAGUAUCAGCAACAUUUGGCAAGUUUAUUUUUUGGAUAUAAACUGUGGUUCAUCUGUUCACUGUUUCUAGAAAAAAAAAAAUCAUUCCCAUGAGAAAAAGCAUAAAUUAACAAGAAAAGAGUGACUUGAUUUGCUUUUAGAAAAGGAAAUGUUUAAUUAAUUAUUCUGUAUUUGGCCUUAUCCAGACAUACAAAGGGUCAAAUGCCAGUAGUGCCCCCACCUCCACCCCCCUUUUUUGCACCCAGCAGACCAGCCUUAACUUUGAGAUUGAAUCCUAAGGAAAGUUGCCAGUGUGACUGGAGGACAUGUUUGUUGGCAGAUGAGUGUCAUUGACAGCAGAGUGGAGGGACAGAAUUGCAUGGUCUGUUUAUUCUCUAAUCCCAAUAAAUUCUUUUGCUCUCAGAAGCAAGAAAAAAUUUCUUCUCCCCUUCUCCUGUCCCCAAUUUUUUGUUUAAUGCACCACAAGGAAAGUAUAGACAGUUGCACUACAUCAAACACUCUGUGGCACUUGUAGAAAUCAGUACACUUUUAGAUUAGAAAGAAUCAUUAUUUUAAUCUUUUGAUUUGUUUUCCUUUAGUUUGAAAAGUUGUAUAAUACUUAAUUGAUUCUAGCAAAAUUUUGUAUGUGGUAGCAUAGCUUUAAUUUAUCCUAUUACAACAAUGUUCUGAAUUUUCUUUUGGUUUAAAAAAAAAAAACAAAACUUGUUGCUUAGAAGCCAUGAACUAUUUUAUUUUACUUCAACUUGUCAAAAUUUCCUUCUUUUUACAAAUGAUUAUUUGGGUUCACUCAGGAAAUGCAUGUCAGGAAACUUGUAUUAUAAGUUUACUAGUUGUGAUGUAUCAGUAACUGCUGUUACCCCCUUUUCAAAGAAAUAUAAUUAAUUUUGAAGUUUUCUAGAUUGUCACAUGCUUUGUGACUAAUGCAAGGAAAUCAAGUCCUGUGUUGUAUUUGUUCUAGUCAUUUCUAUUCAGUCUAUAUAUUGUAGCUAAUUUUUAUUUGCAAUUAAUUUAUUCAAACUAAGUAAAUACUUUUCAAAAUAU